AUGCACCUCAGUCCCUUACAGUCGCGCUUGGCGGCGUCCUUUAUCGCAUCAUGCCUUCUCGUCGUUCUCUACCUCACCCUCUUCUCCCCGAAUCUUGCUCUCGCGGCCGAGCUCGAAGAUGCGCCGCCCAUACUAUUCGACGAUGUCGAUUCCGAUCUAGGAAGCCCGCUCGACCCGAUGUACGAACCCGAGUUUGCCGCAUUCGAUAGGAGUAUCCUCGGGCGUCGUCAAGUUAGAGACACCAAUGUCUUGAAGAACAAUGAGGCUUUCCCGUUGAACGUCGUUCAGGGGGUUACGGAGCGCUUCGUGUUCGAGCUGUCACAGCUGUCCGAGCGGGAACCAGAGGUUCGGUCAUUGGAGCUGAGGGAUGAAGAUCAUACCUGGGAAGAACAAGAGGAAGAUGAAGAGGAGGAGGAUGAGGAGGAGGAUAAAGAUGACUUGAAUGAUGAGAGCCUGGACACAGAGCCUGUGGACUCGAAUUCUGAUUCCGCGGAACAGAAGCUGGGAAAACGGAAACAGGGUGCUCGUCAGAUCUUUCUUUCUGCAAACACAUGCCUGCAGCCCCAAGCAUUUAAUGCGACCAAGACAACACAGCCUCCACCGCAGCUUACACUGUAUGUGUCAACGUCGACCGAUAACGUGGAACCAGGCCCAGAUGCGGAUUCGAACUCUCAGGUGGCUAUGGUGUUUAAUGAGGGUGCUAUCAUGUACAACUUCACCACUACGACCGACGUAUAUGUGGGUGUACAUGCACCCAACGUGACGGAAAUAUUUGACGGGCCUUAUAACAUGAAAAUCGCCAUCUCCACGGACGGUUAUAUCUACAGUUAUGACGUGGAUAACGAUGCUGAUCUGAUCUGGGUUGAUAGCGACUCCCAGGGUGCAUUGCUCAUCACUCAUAACUUGACUGAUAGUAACGAUGAGAAGAAGCAACAGCAGAUCAUGGAAGCGCCGCCAUACGUUCUGUUCGCCCAGGACAAGUCUGAUCCGUCCAUCAACGGUGUCAAAUAUUCCUUUUGCGGCCUCGAACAGUAUGCGCAGAUUGCAACUACAAAGGACGGGAAGUAUUCGAACAUGGUCCAGACAGGCAUGACAACGCGAGGACAGGGCAACUUUCCUAAGCAGCAGUUUUUCUUCAGCGGGCUGAAGCCAAGCACCAGCUAUCUCGGGAUCCUGGCCAAGACCAAUGCGACCGACCCAGGGAGUCCGAAUCCCGUUGGAGGUGGCGGCCACGUCUUCAAAGCCACCAAUUUCCAAACCAAGUCCGGUAAGCUCUUUUCUCGGGAUCCAGGAUCCAACCAGGUCGGGACCAACGCUCAGGAGCUAAUACAAGCAGAUCACGGGAACUGCAACAUUAUCUUGAACCUUACGUUUUGUGAUCAGGUAGCCUACUCGGUCCCCAGCAACUCAAAGUUUGGCAACGCCUCCGUCCUGGCCAAGUUCUACGAUGACUACGCCGCCGAAGCAUAUGGUUACUUCAAAAAGGCUCUGGCCCAGAUCCCCUGCGAGGCGCCUGUGACCCAGCGUUACUCGCUCACCCGGAACUGCAGUGACUGCGAGGCCGCGUACAAGGACUGGCUCUGUUCCGUGACCAUUCCGCGCUGCGAGGACUUCAGUAACGAUGCCAGCUACUUGCAUCCGCGGGCCAUGAGCCAGCCGUUCCCCAACGGCGAGAUGCUCGACAAUGCGACUAUGUCAUUGUACGCGGAAAAGUAUGGCGACGGCAAGACCUUAGGCAAGGCCUUCAUGCAGAGCCGCAGCUCGCGGAUCGACGAGUUUAUCAAACCCGGCCCGUAUAAGGAGGUCCUGCCUUGCGAUUACCUCUGCUACAGACUGGUCCAAAGCUGUCCGUCGUCCAUGGGUUUCGGCUGCCCGUUGCCUGGCCAGAACGGAUUCAAUUCGAGCUACUACAUCAAAAACGAAACAAACGGCGAGGUCGUGUGUAAUUAUCCGGGCUCGGCACAUAUCUUUUCGGGCUCAUCAAGGGACGCAGUCUCCGUGGCGUUGACUGUUGUUGUCCUGGUGUUGGUGAGCCUACUGCUCGCUUGCUAG